AUGCUGCCUCCCCACAACUACAUUCUGAAUGGUACCGCGACCAAGUUCCGAAAGAGGCUCAAAGGUCACCGCUCAGACGCAGAAUUCGUGUUCACCGCCGAGGAGCUCAUCAGCGAGACGGUGCGAUUUGGAGAUGCCGACGUCCUGAUGGAUAUAUUCAGUCUGAUACACUCUGUACCAGGAUGGGGAGGAAAAUUAUCCUUGUCAGCGAUGCGAAUCGAGAUCGGAACACUGUUUUCGAGCCAAUACCCUCGUCGAUCGAACAAAUGCGCCGGGUGUGCCAGCGUGUAUGCUCCUUGUCGAUUCGACUUGGGCAAGAUCAUACCACCAUUAUCGGGGGCCAGGUACAUCGUCAACUUUGCACGGCGGCAUACUCUCCAGGGGGACCUCUCCCGCAUGAGAAGCCGCGAAUGUAUGAGAAACCAGCAUGACAGGCACUUAUUAAACAUAAAAACAUAUCAGGAUCUGUUGGCCAUCAUCUGCCCUACCGGGAGACACUAUGCAAACCUCCCUCCAAACUCCCCGGAAGCUUUAGCUUGGGUUCGGAGCGUGCUUGCGAUCCUCGGGUAUGCCCCGGUCGAUGAUACUGGACGCUACCACGUCGUCCUCUCGAGCAAUCGGAACAUUGCGGUAUUCUGCUCCAGCGCUUUGCACGAAGUGCGCGAAGUUCCGAAGCGGUCUCGUCGACGAUCCAAGAGGAUCCCCUCACCCGACAGUUCGAGUGACGACGAGUCAUCUUCAAGACCUCUGAACAAACGGCCUCGUACGAGACGUCACGUCACUCCCGAGGAGGACGAGCUGGAUGGAUCAUCGAAUACGAAUCCAAAGUCGCGGGAUUCAAGGUCGGGUGUGACUACCUCGAGCAGCGAGCCGGAGCACACAGGUGUCGACCUCCCUCCUUCCACCACAUUGAUGUCGUCGUCAACGGCGGCCGUAGAAGAGGAUAUCGACGAGCUAUCUACCGGGUCGGGAUCACCGCCGCCUAGAAGUCCUACACCUCCUGUGAAACGGAGUGGAACCCCACCAGGAUCUAUCCCGUCGAGCGAUCAGCAACGAGUGCAAGUGCGGUCGAGCGUACCUCUGUUUGUCGGGAAAGCUACUGCCGCCCAUGUAGGAGAAUCAUCAAAUGAGGUCGUUACAGGAGGCUCGGAAGUCGUCGCAGGAGGCUCGACGGUCGUCCCAGGAGACUUCUCCGUCGUUCCGGAAGUUCCGCAGGCCGUCCCUGUCGCAUGCCCGAGCCUGACAGAGACAGCUGUUCCGAUUUCCAACCCCGAGCAAGAACCUGGGUCAGCUAUUCCAGUGCCGCCACCGGUGUCAGCCUCUUUUACUGCGGAACUACUAGCGAGGGGGGAGCCAACCUCGCAUCAAACGGCAGAUGAGCGUGUCAGUACAACAAGAGGAGCGGGAUCUUCAACUCGGCUCUUGACAGGUCAGGGCGACAACGCGGCUGAAUCACACCCCUCAUCCUCGACCUCGACCUUACAACCUACCUUGUCGUUACGCAGCGCGUUACAUACAUACACCAAGCUACGAAUCGAUGAUCUGGCUCCAGGUACAAUCGACUCGGACGACCUGGAUCGGCAGAUGAUCGAGUUGAGCGGGAUGUUAGAUGGGUGCGAUGGGCUGGACCGACAAAGGCGCCAAGAACUGGAAUCACAUAUGCACGAAUGGCUGGUAGCCACAUUCCGGAGGUAUAAUCAAGCACAGUCGCAGCGAUAG